AUGGUUUCCGACUUCAGAAAGAAGAAGCUGCUCCACGUCUUUACAUCUUUCUUUGACAGGAAUGGAAGUGGAUCCAUUGAUAAGAAAGACUUUGAACUAGCAGUUGAGAAUAUUUCUAAGCUGCGUGGUUGGGCUCCCGGUGACGCUAAAUACAAGGAGACUCAGAGUUCACUGAUGAAGAUAUGGGACGCCCUACAAGGAAGGGCCGACAGUGACAAAGACGGGGAAAUAUCAGUAGACGAAUGGGUCUCGAUGUGGGAUGAGUACGCCAAGAAUCCGUCAGGAUCUUUUGAGUGGCAAAACCUUUACUGUAAAUUCAUCUUCAACCUGGAAGACGCGAGUGGAGAUGGAGCAAUUGACGGCGAAGAGUUCUCAUCAGUGUACGCGUCCUUUGGUCUAAGCAAAGAUGACGCCCUCGCUGCCUUCAGAAAAAUGUCACAGGGCAAAGCAAAUGUUUCCUGGUCUGAAUUCCAAGACCUAUGGAAGGCAUAUUUCACCUCGGAAGACGCUAAUGCAGCAGGUAACUUCAUCUUCGGAAAAACCAGCUUUUAG